AUGCAUCAUCUAUCGCUUCUUCCAACGCUGGUGCUCAGUUACUUGAGCAAAGCAUCAUGUUCUCCUCUACCUGAACAACGCGGCCCAGAUCUGGACACCAAAGGCUUUCAGCUACCAACCGUGUCACACUCACUGGGGGGUAGUGCAAUUUGUGUCUCUGGUCUUGUAGCCGUCAACGUCUCUACAGACGUCAACACCAAACUCGAUCUCCCUAUAAAUGUCAGCCAACUCCAAGCUGUCGACCUUGUUCUCGGGUUGCAGGCCGCAAAUUCGAGUUUGGCAGCGUCAGUGUCGGAAAAGUCCUCCUCGGACGUCGUCGAUGGGACGUUCAACAUCAGCGCACAAAUGUGCUAUCCUGUUGCACAUCCUCGACAGAACCAGACCACCGUACAGUUCUUGACACACGGUAUCGCCUUCUCCAAGACAUAUUGGGACUUUGCGUUGCCGAACAACAGCUACAUCGACACCGCGGCCAAGGCAGGCCGAGCGACAUUUUCAUAUGACCGAUUGGGCAUCGGCAACUCAUCACAUCCUGAUCCCAUUGAAGUUGUGCAGGGCGGGAUUCAGGUGGUCAUCGCAGAGCAGUUGGUCCGAUUACUGCGUCAGGGAAGACUGGGGAACCACGCAUUCAGCCACGUUAUCGGCGUCGGGCACUCGUACGGUUCGCUGAUCACGACAUCCGUCGCUGCAUCUUCCCCUAGCUCGUUCGACGCAGUGGUUGCGACAGGUUUCUCCACCAACAGGACAGGCGGCAGUCAAUUCACGGCAGCGCUCAACCUCGAACCAGCCAGCCUCUCUGCACCGCCGCGGGGGCGUUUCCAAAAUCUUCCAUCCUCAUACUUGAUCCCCAGUACCAAGUACGGCAUCCAAUAUUCGUUCUUCCGGGGACCGAACUUUGAGCCGUCGGUGCUGACCAAGGCCUUUGACGAGGUCGAGACAACGACUUUGGGCGAGUCCUUUACUAGGUCGAGCUUUGCGACCAAUGCCGCCAACUUCACUGGACCAGUGUUGAUCGCCAAUGGUGCUCGAGACCUGGACUUUUGUGACGGCGAUUGCUUGUACCCCAAGGAUAUCAGUGCAGCGACGUUGGAGGGAUUUUUCCCAAACGCGAACAAUCAGUCGGCGAGUUAUAAUCUUCCCGAAGCCGGUCACGGGGUGAAUCUUGCUAAGAAUGCGCCGUUGGCUUUUGAUAAGAUUCAGGAAUGGAUCUCGUCGCUUGGGUUUUAG